UACGGAACGAUCACCCAGGAAAAAAAAAGGAAAAGUAACUCAAGAAAGGAAAAAACUCAUGGUGGUGGUGCACGGUCGGAAGGAGGGGGUACUGUAUUUUGCUUUUAAUCAGAUCGUGGAGAUUUUGUGACCACAGACUGCACCUGAUAAGCUGUUGGCUGACUUCUUCUCGGUGGACCGUGGGUUUUCCAAAGUUGGAUUUAUCAGAGGUGAAGUGCUGCCGGGAUUGGAUAUGCAGCUCUCGGCUUGAGAGAGAAACGCUGGAGUUUGUCGGACACUAUCCCUAAGUGUCUUAAGUUAUUCCCUACAUCUUCAAAAUUUGUAGUGGACGUAUAAUAACUGCGUAAUAAGACAAUGCAACUAUCUGGCUAAGUUUUGAACAGUGUUGCUCUGCAGUUAUUUUGAGAGCUCUCCGGGCGCAGUGUCCUUUAACACUGUUUCAUGUCUUCAAACAUGUAAGCUUUCCUAACCAGAAAGUAAGGUUGAGCCUUUAGGAAAACUCUUCGAAACUUGAAUGCCAACUUCGGUGCUACACCAGUCCGUUGUAGCCUACUUUUGUUGGCUUUAAUGUGAAUCACCUUUGAUUUUUUUUUUUUAGCCCGCGUCGGACACCAGAGGAGAAAGUUGGAGUGGGGAACUCCUGUCCUGAAAGACUGUUAUUACAAUGGACAACAUUUUACUACACCGCCGUUUAUGCUAGCCUCAGUUUGACACGAGGAGGACCGCAAACAUGCUGUAAAGGCUUUUAAUCUCUCCGAAGCUACCUUCAUAAUCACAGUUUGUGGGUACGAGGAGACAGCACAGCGGCCGCGCUAUUAAAGCUGGAUACAAAAUGGCGGCGUCACUGGGACGAUUUGGAUAUGUUUCACGUUGUGUUUUUUAUUUAAUAUUGUCGCUCGAACUGUUUAUCAGUCGUGGAUUGAGCUCAGACCUGCCGUGUGCCCAGAACUGUACGUGCAGCGGAGACUCAGUGGACUGUAGUAACCAGGAGCUGACUGCUACGCCUCUGGACCUUCCAGUCCGGACCGUCUCCUUAAAUCUUGGACACAACAAGCUGACCUCCAUCGAUGUUGAAGCUUUUGACGACCUUCCCAACUUGAGAGAGCUGCGGCUGGACCACAAUGAGCUGACCUCCAUACCAGAUUUAGGACAGGCAGCUUCCAAGAUUGUAUCCCUCUACCUACAUCAUAAUAAGAUCCGCAGUAUAGACGGCAGACGGACCAGAGAGCUGGUCUCUGUGGAAACGCUGGACCUGAGCAAUAAUGACAUCACUGAGCUCCGCGGGCACUGCUUUCCUUCUCCCCUCCAAAUCCGAGACCUGUACCUGAGCAACAACAAGAUCAGUGUGCUGGAGCUUGGAGCUCUGGACCAUCUGGGAUCAACUCUACAGGUCCUGAGACUGAGCCGAAACCGCAUCAGCCAGAUACCUGUCAGAGCCUUCCAGCUCCCAAGACUGACCCAGCUUGAGCUGAACAGGAACCGUAUCCGUCAGGUGGAGGGUCUGACCUUUCAGGGUCUGUCCAGCCUGGAGGUCCUCAAGCUGCAAAGAAACAGCAUCAGCAAACUGACAGACGGGGCCUUCUGGGACCUGGCCAAGAUGAAAGUCCUUCACCUGGACUACAACAGCCUGGCAGAGGUGAACAGUGGCUCCCUGUAUGGCCUGACGUCCCUUCAGCAGUUAUUCCUCAGUAACAACUCUAUAGCCCGCAUCAAUGCUGAUGGAUGGAAGUUCUGCCAGAAACUGAGGGAACUGAAUCUGUCGUACAACAACUUGACUCGUCUGGAUGAAGGCAGUCUGGCUGUGCUGGGGGAUCUCCACGCUCUCCGUCUGGGACACAACUCCAUCAGCCACAUCACAGAGGGAGCCUUCAGAGGCCUCAAGGCUGUACGCAUCCUGGAGCUGGACCAUAACGACAUCUCGGGGACAAUAGAGGACACCAACGGGGCCUUCUCUGGUUUGGACAGCCUAAACAAGCUGACUCUGUUUGGAAACAAGAUCAAGUCGGUGGCCAAGAAAGCCUUCUCCGGUCUGGAGACCCUGGAACACCUGAACUUGGGAGAGAAUGCCAUCCGCUCCAUCCAGCCUGAUGCCUUCAGCAAAAUGAGGAACCUCAAAAGCCUUCUAAUUCAGAGCGACAGCUUCCUGUGUGACUGCCAGCUCCACUGGUUGCCCGACUGGUUGGUGACACGCAGUCUGCAGGCCGGAGUCAACGCCACCUGUGCUCACCCAGAGAGCCUGAAGGGCACCGACAUCUUCCAGGCCCCACCCAGCAGCUUUGUCUGUGAUGAUCUUCCAAAGCCACAAAUCACCGUGCAGCCAGAAACCACAGUGACAGUCCUCGGUAGCGAUGUGAAGCUCACCUGUACGGCCGCCAGCAGCAGCUCCUCCCCCAUGACCUUCGCUUGGCGAAAGGACCAGGAGCUGCUUCGCAAUGCUGAGACCAAAAACUACGCCCAUGUGCGUGCUCACCAUCAGGGAGCAACAUCUGACGCGCCCGGUGCAGGCGGAGGUGUGAUGGAGUACACCACAAUUCUGCACCUGCGGCAUGUCACCUUUGCUCAUGAGGGCCGUUACCAGUGUAUCAUCACCAACCACUUUGGCUCCACCUACUCCAGCAAGGCUCGCCUCAUUGUCAAUGUGCUCCCGUCCUUUGUGAAGACACCCAGGGACAGCACCAUCAGGACUGGACACACAGCCAGGCUGGAGUGUGCCGCAGAGGGACACCCGACACCGCAGAUCGCCUGGCAGAAAGACGGCGGCACAGAUUUCCCCGCUGCACGCGAGCGACGAAUGCACGUCAUGCCCGAUGACGACGUCUUCUUCAUCAUGGACGUCAAGCCGGAGGACAUGGGCGUGUACAGCUGCACUGCCAAAAAUACAGCUGGCACCGUCUCUGCCAACGCCACCCUCACAGUGCUAGAAACCCCCCACCUGGCCCAGGACCUGGAGGACCGCAGCGUGGUGGUCGGGGACACGGUGGCCCUGCAGUGUAAGGCCCUGGGCAGCCCGCCGCCUCGCAUCACCUGGCUGCGCAAUGACCAGCCUCUACGGCCUUCUGACAGACAUCACUUCACCCCGGGGAACCAGCUGCUGGUCAUCGGCUCCGCCUCGCUGGAGGACGCCGGGCGCUACACCUGCCUCAUGUCCAACGCGCUGGGGACGGAGCGCGCUCACAGCCAGCUGGUGGUGACUCGGCGCCGCAGCACAUGUGCAGCGCCGGCGGGGCCGAGCACGGUCACUAUAGGGAUCAUUGUCAUCGCCGUGGUGACAAGUAUUGUGGUGACAUCGCUUGUUUGGGUGUGCAUCAUCUACCAGACCAGGAAGAAGAGCGAGGAGUGCAGUGUCACCAACACAGAUGAGACGAUUGUUCCACCAGAUGUACCCAGCUACCUCUCCUCCCAGGGCACGCUCUCUGAGCGGCAGGAUGUGUGUAUCCGCGUAGAGGCAGGCAUUGGACCUCAGCCUAACGGACACAUCAUAGACACCACAGGAUUUGACGGUGCUGUCGUGUGUACAGACUGCAUGGAGAACAGCAGCAACUACUCCAAAGAUCCCGACUACCUGCCGCAUAGGUUUGGCCCUGGAGGAGGGAUGGACUACCAACAGCACUCUGCACCCCCACCACACUCUUACUGCCUCCAAGGGGAGCAGCACGACUCAGAAACACUGUCAACCCCCCUCUGCAACGGGACACCCAACGGGAUCCGAAAGGACUUGCAUGGCUAUCCAAAAAACCACAACACGUUACAACUGAGUGAUAGAACAGUGGUGGCGUGCUCUCCAUCACAGGAGGACUCCUUCCACAAGCCGGUAAAGCUGGCUGCAGUGACGUGCCAUGGCCACGUGGACAGUGACUGUGAGCCUGAGAUCAGGCAGACUCUGCUGUCCAAUGGACACACCCUCAGAGCCUCUCAAAAUGAGAGCGCCCCCCUAAGGAGAGCCAGCGACUAGCAGGCACUCCAUCGAGCCCCAAACUUGGACU